AUGAUUUCCGCGACUCUCUUCGCUUCCAACCAGGCGCUUAAAUCUCUAUGCGCUGAUCCGCGCUCGCGGAUACACAGUAACCGUGCCAUUGGCGAAGUUACCGAGGCGUUUCGCGAACAUCAACCGCGACGCCACGUGUCUGUUGACGCACGGCAAAAAUCGACCCGUCCAAUUUACGCAGUAGCGCAUUCGUCGCUGCUGCCGCUGCGCGCGGUGCCGCUUUUCGGCGUCCCCGUCGGCGGCGGCCGAAAUCGAGUCGCAAAAACACCGUCUGGUUACAGUCACAUUCGUUCUAAUCACAGCCGCAGUCAAAUCCACUCUCGUCGCAUCCCCGUAUCAGCCGCGCUUUGGCCCUGGCAACAGGAACAGCAGCAGGGAGACAAGGCGCAGCGCAUUAGGAGCGCCUUGGUCGGGGGUGCAGGAUCGGCGGCAGCAGAGGACACGGAGAGAAGUGGGCUGCGGGGAGGGGAACCCACCGCUACAGCGACGGCCCUUACAGUCACAGUCUCCUCCUCCAUCGCCUCCAUUCCUGCUGCUGACUGGGACGCCUGUGCGCUGGACGCGGCGGGGGGCGCGGAGAAGCACAACCCGUUUGUGUCACACGCGUUCCUGCAGUGUCUGGAGGAGAGCAGAAGCGCGUGCCGCGAGGAGGGGUGGUUACCACAGCACCUCGUCGCGAGAGACGAUGAGGAGAGGGUAGUCGGAGUGCUGCCCCUCUAUUUAAAGGGCCACUCCUAUGGAGAGUAUGUAUUUGAUCAUUCGUGGGCCAAUGCGUUCAUGCGGGCGGGAGGCUUGUACUACUCGAGGCUCGUGGCUUCUUACAAUGGACUUUUGAGGCGCCUCAAAAGGCUUCAUACAGUGGACGAUAAUAGGAGCCUUCAUUUCCUCCUUCCCUCUCCUCUGCGUCCCCACAGGCACUCCUAUGGAGAGUAUGUGUUUGACCAUUCCUGGGCGAAUGCGUUCAUGCGGGCGGGAGGCUCGUACUACCCGAAGCUGCAGUCUUGCGUGCCCUUCACCCCCGCCACCGGACCUCGUUUGCUGGUUCGGGACGGACCUGACCGCGAGGCUGUGCUGUCAGGGCUGUGCCAGGCCAUGAAGCAAGUGGCGGACGAGUACGGGGUAUCAUCGGUGCAUGUGACAUUCCCAUGCAAGGACGACUGGCAGGUCAUGGCCCGCCAUGGCUUCCUGCAGCGCAUGGGCAUGCAGUACCACUGGAGCAACCGUGGCUAUGGCAGGGGGCUGCGGAGGCCUUACUGCCUUCAACUCGGAUGUUUCAAACUCCCAAUGAUCUCGUCUGAAGCAGUCAAAGUGCUAUUCGGCUUUGGAGUGGACCCAAACCCCCCUUUCCCAUCCCCAACCUCUCCCGUUCCUACCAUUCCCACACCCGCUCUCUCGCUCCCCUUCCUCUCCGUCCCACCCAUGUCCCCCAUAUUUGUAGCGGCGCAGGGCUUGAAGCUGCUGCGGCUGAGGGGCGAUGACAUUAAGGCACACCACUGGAACAGCUUCUUCCAAUUCUACUGCAACACCACCAACCGAAAGUGGGGGCAAACGUACCUCACUCGCGAAUUCUUCCAUCUCCUGGGGGAGCGGCUGGGAGAGAAGGUGCUGCUGGUGGUGGCGGAGGAUGAGACAGGGCGCAUGGUGGGGGGUGCGCUGAACCUGGUGGGCGGCGAGGCCGUGUUUGGGCGCAACUGGGGGGCUCUGCCUGGCACGCACUACCCGUUCCUGCACUUUGAGGCGUGCUACUACCAGGCAAUAGAGGCGGCCAUAGAAGCGGGGUUAGCACGAGCAAUAGAGGCGGCCAUAGUAGCGGGGUUAGCACGGGCAAUAGAGGCAGCCAUAGAAGCAGGUCUGGCGCGGGUAGAAGCAGGAGCACAGGGAGAGCACAAGCUGCCACGGGGCUAUCUGCCCACCGCCACCUACAGCGCCCACCACAUCCCCGACCCCGCGUUCCGCUCCGCAAUUGCAGGGUUCCUGGAACGGGAGACUGUACAGGUGGAAUACGCUCUUUCGGUGAUGGACCAAGAGGCAAACCCUUUCAAGAAGCAACCAAACACAGGCGCAUCAUAA